UGCCUAUAGCAGCCUUCAGAACCCAGUACCCGCUGGAUCUGUCAGUCGUGCACUCGCCGCCACCGCGACACGACUCGCGCGUCCGACUCAUCCUCGUGUGCAAACGUGCUGACUUAUUUUAGUGCGCGAAUACUAAUUGUUUAUUUAUAAAAAUCAGCUCUUAUUAAUUACAUACAUUUUUUUUUUUAAUUCACGUGAUUUAAAUCAGCAUUUGUGCGUCAAGGAUAAAUACCCAAGGGUCUAGUGUUAUGCCUUGAGGAUACUUAAUCACUUGGAGUAAAUUUUUAGAUUAUAGUCGCUGGUAUUGACAAAAUUUUUUUAAAGGAAAUAAAAAAUAAAAUAUUAUAAAAGUAGAAUCAUAAAAUAGCCUUACGGGCUUGGGGUAUCGAGUAUCGAUAUUUUUCGCGAUAAAGAUUCAAAGAUUGACAGUAAGAUAAAGUAAAGAAAAUAGUUAAAAAAAUAAACAAUGGCUGAAAGCUCGAGGGAUCCAGAGCUUGCUGAGGCGGAAAACAUCGACGAGGUUCGAGCAGCACUGAAUCUCAUGUGUGCAUCCACGGCGCCGAAAAAAAAGGCGCUUCCGGAACGAGGCGCAUGGAGCAGCAAACUUGACUUUAUUUUAAGUGUCGUCGGGCUGGCCAUUGGACUGGGAAACGUAUGGCGAUUUCCUUACCUCUGUUACAAGAACGGUGGCGGCGCAUUUUUGAUACCCUACUUUUUGACAUUAUUUCUCGCUGGAAUACCCAUGUUUUUUAUGGAGCUUGCGCUGGGACAGAUGCUGACUAUCGGUGGUCUUGGAGUUUUUAAAAUUGCCCCCAUUUUCAAGGGUAUUGGUUAUGCUGCUGCAGUGAUGUCCUGUUGGAUGAAUAUCUACUAUAUUGUAAUUCUCGCCUGGGCUAUUUUCUAUUUCUUCAUUUCUAUGAGAAGUGUCUUACCAUGGGCGACAUGUAACAAUCCAUGGAACACCAAAAAUUGCAUCAAUCCAUACAACCGUAGCUCACUUUACUGCUGGGACCAAGUCACCAAAAACAGUGUCGUCAAAAUGUGUUCGGUAAAUCACCUGAAUGUUACUGCCACAGAGCUGAGUGACCCAGUGAAAGAAUUUUGGGAACGACGAGCACUACAAAUAUCACCGGGUAUUGAGCACGUGGGCUCAAUACGUUGGGAGUUAGCCGGGACAUUAUUGGUCGUAUGGAUCCUCUGUUACUUUUGUAUUUGGAAAGGAGUUAAAUGGACCGGAAAAGUUGUGUAUUUUACAGCAUUAUUUCCUUAUGUACUCUUAACAAUUCUACUUAUCCGCGGUAUCACAUUGCCAGGUGCUAUGGAGGGUAUACACUUUUAUAUCAGCCCAAAUCUUUCCAAGCUCAAAGAAUCUCAGGUAUGGAUUGAUGCAGUAACACAGAUAUUCUUUUCCUACGGACUCGGACUGGGAACAUUGGUCGCUCUAGGCAGCUACAAUAAAUUUACCAACAACGUCUACAAAGACGCACUGAUUGUCUGCACAGUGAAUUCAUCCACGAGUAUGUUCGCCGGGUUCGUUAUAUUUUCAGUUGUCGGUUUCAUGGCUCAUGAGCAGCAGAAACCAGUUGCUGAGGUAGCAGCAUCCGGUCCAGGAUUGGCAUUUUUGGCUUAUCCUUCAGCAGUACUCCAGCUUCCUGGAGCGCCACUUUGGUCUUGUCUCUUCUUUUUCAUGCUCUUGCUUAUUGGUUUGGAUUCGCAAUUUUGUACCAUGGAAGGAUUCAUUACUGCCAUGGUUGAUGAAUGGCCCAAGCUACUUCGUAGACGCAAGGAAAUAUUUAUAGCUAUCGUAUGUUUGAUCUCUUAUUUAAUCGGUCUGUCGUGUAUAUCGCAGGGUGGAAUGUACGUAUUUCAAAUUCUCGAUUCCUAUGCGGUAUCUGGUUUUUGUCUGCUCUUCCUUAUAUUCUUCGAGUGUAUUGCCAUCAGCUGGGCAUUUGGGGUCAACAGAUUUUACGAUGCUCUGAGAGAUAUGAUUGGUUAUUAUCCGAUGGGAUGGUGGAAAUUCUGCUGGACUAUCACGACUCCACUUAUUUGUAUUGGUGUGUUCUUCUUCAACUUGAUACAGUGGACGCCGGUUAAAUACUUGAACUAUGAGUACCCGUGGUGGUCACACGUGUUCGGGUGGUUCACGGCUUUAUCAUCGAUGCUGUGCAUCCCGGGGUAUAUGAUUUAUAUAUGGAUGAGGACGCCAGGUGAUACUAGCACGAAAAUAAAAUUACUCGUAAGAAUAGAAGAUGACAUCCCAAGUUUACGAGUGAAAAUGGGUCUUCCAGCAGUAGAAUUAUCACCAUUGUAGACAUAAAUAUAAAUAAGAUACUUUAUUUCGUAUCUUACUAUUAUUUUAAAUCGCAUAAUUUAAAAAUCGAUUAACUCGAUAUAAAUAUAGUAAUUGAAGAUUCAAAAGUUACAAACCAUUUGUUCGCCAAUAUUUAACAAUAACUCAUCAACUCAAUAAAUACCUAAAACCCGUUUCUUUUCUCCACAUAAAUUGGCGAAUAAAUGCUCAUAUUUUUUUGCAAAUACUUACUAGCCAGCAGACUAGUACCGUAGUUUCAAAAGUGUUCAAAUGAUUGUUUAAAAGGAUCAGCUAGUGUAUUUGUGGUUGACUAUUAUUAUAUAAAUAUAUAUAUAUAUACAUACAUUUAAUUAUAAUGUUAGCAAAAAUCAUUAUGAAUAAUAAAAAAAAAAUGUUUAUAAACUUCUAAGCGCAUGCUCAGUAAAAAUUACCUUUUAUAAAUAUAUAUAUAUAUUUAUAUAUAUUAAUAAUUUGUGUAUAUGUUAAUUUAAUAUUUUACACACUAG